AUGAUCCGUCUCUCCCAGCUGCCGUGGGGCCUCGCGGCAGCCAUUGUCACAGCUACAUGGCUUCCCUCAAACCACGUUGCAGCUUCUCCCUCUGUAGACGUCGCCCUCAAGGCCGCGUUUCCUUCACCUCCCUAUCUGGUAGAGCUCCUCGAAACCGCAGCUUCCGAGAAUGCGACUGCUUAUUUCCCCUUGCUGAACCGCAUUGCCAAGGGUGACUUUGCCCAGGCCAAGUCCGACCAAGAGCUCUAUGAAAAGUUCCUCGAGGUUCUUCAACAAGAUGGACAUGUGAACCAUGAGGCGCUGUCGACCUUCAAGUUGGCUCUUUCACUGCGAUCCGCUGCUCCCCGUGUCGAGGCCCAUUAUCAGUACUAUACUACUGAUGUGGAGCCAUCUGUAGUGGCCGAUCAGGAUGGAUGUGAUCUUUGGUUUCUCUACAACGGGAAGCAAUACUGCAAGGCCAGCCUGGAAGCUUCACAUGGCGAUGUUGACAGCAACUCUCAAGAGCGUACCUUGCCGUUUGACAGAAAGUUUGGUAGCGGACCUCAGGAAAUCGUGCUUUAUGCCGACAUCACCUCCCCCGCUUUUGGGAAAUAUCAUGAGACUUCCAUGGAACUUGCCAGAAAGGGAGAAGCUUCGUAUCGGCUGCGUUACAAGAGAAGCCUGGCGCAAUCGGAUGACGCGCUCUCUGUCAACGGAUACGGCGUUGAGCUUACACUGAAGAGGACAGACUACAUUGUCAUCGAUGACAGGAAUACUGGUGCUGACAAGGCAACCGGGGAUGACUCCCAAAAGACCAUCAAAUCUGAUUCCGAACUUGUCCUGGACGAAGACGAAGAGGUUGCAGAUAUCAAGCCCCUGGAGAAGUCUGAGCUUUCACCCCUUGCGGUCAAGGCAGCAUCGUUCGUUAUGCAAAGCGACUCACCCUUCGAUACCUUGCUCAAACUUACGCAGGACUUCCCCAAGUACUCGACCAAGCUUGGAAAACAUAACGUGUCCAAGGAGUUUUUGGCCGAACACGAGUACAACAGGCAACUGCUGGUGGCAUCAGGUGCCAACGUCCUAUGGAUGAACGGUGUCCAGUUGGUCGACAGACAGGUUCAGCCUUUUGGGCUUGUAGACAUGCUUCGCCGGGAACGUAAGCUCAUCAACGGUGCCCUGGACCUGGGGCUGACUGGCCAGCAAGCCCUUUCCCUUCUGGGUCAUGACGAGGUUGCCGCCGCAAAGGCCACCGAAGAGGAGCCUCGCAGGUUCGACUGGCGGGACGAGUCCGAGGGAGGUCAGGUCAUCAUCUGGCUGAACAACAUUGAAAAGGACAAGCGUUACGCCGAGUAUGCUCCUAGCGUCUGGGCUUUGAUUCAGCAUUACGGACAAGGAUUGCCUCAAGUUCGCAAAGACCUGUUCAACCUUGUUGUUCCUGUGGACUUCACCAAGGCCGAUCAUGUUACGCUGGUCACCAGGCAGCUCCUUGCUUUCAUGAAGCGAGGCAUUCCCGUCCGGUUUGGCCUUGUUCCCCUGACUCCCACAGGUGAGGCCAUUGAACAGGCCAAGGUCCUGUACCAUCUUCUUAACACGUAUGGCCUGGCUGCUAUGUCGACCUACCUGGAAAAGUCUCUCGAGGCCUCUAGUACUGAUAAGCCAAAUGUGGACAUCUUCAACCUUGCCAUCAAGGAUCGUGAGGUUCGGCCAGAGCAUGAGACGCUAGCAUUCAAGGACAUCUUUACCUCUGGGGAUUUGGAGAAACAAGUCCAUCGCGCUAAGCACUGGUGCGAGCGUCUCAGGGCCGAUACUGAAAUUCCUCCUGCCUUCAUCAACGGCUUUGCCAUCCCCCGCGAGGAGGAUUGGCUUCGGAACAUGAACCACAAGCUCAUGGUAGACCUCCAAGUGUUGCAACAGGCGGUUUACUAUAACAAGGUCAAUGAUCACACCGAUGUCCCUGGCUUCUUCCUGGAGAACGCCAUUGCUCGGCGCAACACGUUCAUCUCCCCCGAAGAUCCCAACGCCAUCAAGGUACUCAACGUCAACAAGGUGUAUAGCGAGCACCAACGUCUGUUCAGCAAGGUGCCUGUAAUUGAAGCCGACGACAGCGCCCCCAAGGAAGACUGGGCAGUGCUCACAAUUGUCACGGACCUUGAUAGCGUUGAGGGUCAGAAACUCCUUUACUUUGCCCUGCGCUUCCGCCAGGAACAUCAGGGAGUUCGGCUUGAUAUCAUUCAUAACCCGGCUGACCUGACUAACUCGCCUUCUGUUAUGAGCCAGCGCCUCAAGACCAAGGAGGGAAGUCUCUUGGAGGUUACCCGCCUUGUCGAGCUUGAAACCAUCCUCGAGGAGGGCAAGCCUGAGGCGGACCAAGAAUUUGACGCCGACCUUGCCAUCUUCCUCUCCGGCUUCGAUUUGAAGUCCGGUGACAACAUGCUUAUUCUCAAUGGCCGUAUCGUUGGUCCUAUCGCAUCCGCAAACGACUUUGUCAAGGAGGACUUUGCCGAGUUCCUUAAAACGGAACGUGCGAACCGCAUUCUUCCGGUUUACAAGGCAAUUGAGGAUCUUGGACUGGGUGAUAAAGUCUCUGGACCCUUGGCUGCUGCCAAGCUGACCUCGGUCACUGCUCUCUCGGGCAUCCCAGACACCCCUCAGGGUAUCUUUGAUUCUGCCACGCCCAUCAGAACAACAGCUUACAACCGAUGGAACACCACGUACACCUCCUUCGAGGUCGGCAAUCCCGAGACGGCCUCCAUCUUCUUUGUCGCGGCCAUCAACCCUGCUAGUCAGAUGGGCCAGAAAUGGGCUCCCAUCCUCAAAGUUCUCUCGGAACUCGAGGGUGUUAAUCUGCAAGUGUUCGUCAAUCCGGAGACUGAACUGUCCGAGCUCCCCGUCAAGAGAUUCUACCGUUACGUCCUAGAGUCUGCUCCCAGCUUCGACGAGAGCGGCAAGCCCGCGACCGACAAAUCCGUCUCCGAGACGGCACAACACGCAGAAAUCAACAUCUUCUCCGUCGCCUCCGGCCAUCUCUACGAGCGUAUGCUCUCCAUCAUGAUCCUGUCCGUCAUGAAACACACCACACACACGGUCAAAUUCUGGUUCAUCGAGCAGUUCCUCUCCCCCUCGUUUAAAUCCUUCCUCCCCUUCCUCGCCGCCGAGUACGGCUUCCAGUACGAGAUGGUAGCCUACAAAUGGCCGCACUGGCUGCGGCACCAAUCCGAGAAGCAGCGCGAGAUCUGGGGCUACAAGAUUCUCUUUCUGGACGUCCUGUUCCCUUUGUCCUUGGAAAAAGUCAUCUUCGUCGACGCGGACCAGAUCGUGCGCACGGACAUGUACGACCUCGUCCAGCUGGACCUCGAGGGCGCGCCGUACGGGUUCACGCCCAUGUGCGACUCGCGCACGGAGAUGGAGGGGUUCCGCUUCUGGAAGACCGGGUACUGGGCUACGUAUCUUCGGGGCCAGCCGUACCAUAUUUCUGCGCUGUACGUGGUCGACCUCCGUCGCUUCCGCGAGCUGGCGGCGGGUGAUCGCCUUAGACAGCAGUAUCAUACCUUGUCUGCUGACCCCAAUAGUCUGGCGAAUCUGGACCAGGAUCUGCCGAAUCAUAUGCAGUUCCAGAUCCCAAUCAAGAGCCUCCCGCAAGAGUGGCUGUGGUGCGAGACCUGGUGCAACGAUGAGACGCUGGGUAAGGCGAGGACGAUCGAUUUGUGUAAUAAUCCGCAGACGAAGGAGCCGAAGCUGGAUAGGGCGCGGAGACAGGUGCCGGAGUGGACAGUUUAUGAUGAGGAGGUUGCGGGCUUGGCGAAGAAGGUUAGGGAGGAGCAGGAGAAGUUGGAGCAAGUUGUGGAGUUGAAGAAGAAGGUCGAGGAGAAGAACGCCGAGGACAAGGCCGAGAAGGAGCAUGUGAUUGAUGAGUUGUAG